UCCUCUUCCUCCUCCUCCUCCUUGUUGACCAUGGAUGUUCUGGGUUUGGCUGCGAGGCUACAGCUGAUGCUCUCGGCCCUCCUGGGUGUGUGUCUGAGCCUGGAGUUCACAGGGGCCCCCGGCCAGUGGGCCCGCUACCUCCGCUGGGACGCCAGCACGCGCAGCGACCUCAGCUUCCAGUUCAAGACGGACGUGUCCACGGCGCUGCUGCUGUACUUCGACGACGGCGGCUACUGCGACUUCCUGCAGCUGAUGGUGGUGGAAGGCAAGCUGCAGCUGCGCUUCAGCAUUGACUGCGCCGAGAUCGCCGUGGUGUCCGAAAAAAGGGUUAAUGACAGCAGUUGGCACUUUGCCACGCUGAGCCGCUUUGGCCUGCGGACGGUGCUGGGGCUGGACGGCCAGGUCAAGACGGACGAGGUACGGCCCACCGGAGGUAGCCGCCAGCACAUGAAGAUCAUCAGUGACCUGUUCCUGGGCGGCGUGCCGCUGGAUAUCCGCACCUCGGCGCUCACGCUGCCCACAGCGUGCGACGCCCCGCCCUUCAGAGGAACUAUCAUGGAUCUGAAGUAUGGGAACACGGAACCGGUUCUCCUCAGCAGCCUCAGGGUCCGUCUGGAGUCGGACCGGCGCUGUACGGAGAACCCGUGUGAAAACGGCGGGAGCUGCUCCGUGGUGAAUGGGGAACCCGUGUGCGACUGCUCCAAAACGGAACACAAGGGCCGUUUCUGCAAUGAUGAGGUCGUCAAGUAUAUUCCAGGAUUUUCACAUAUGAUGAUGGCGGAGCAAGCGCGGGAGGAGAACGUGGCCACGUUCCACGGCUCCGAGUACUUCUGCUAUGACCUGUCCCAGAACCCCAUCCAGUCAUCCAGCGACGAGAUCACGCUCUCCUUCAAGACGUGGCAGCGCAACGGCCUGAUCCUCCACACGGGGAAGUCUGCUGACUACGUCAACCUGGCCCUGAAGGACGGAGCCGUGUCCCUGGUCAUCAACCUGGGCUCCGGGGCCUUCGAAGCCAUCGUGGAGCCUGUCAACGGGAAGUUCAAUGACAACGCCUGGCAUGACGUCAAGGUCACGCGCAACCUCAGACAGGUGACGAUAUCGGUUGACGGUAUCUUGACGACCACGGGCUACACCCAGGAGGACUACACCAUGCUGGGCUCAGAUGACUUCUUCUACGUGGGUGGAAGCCCCAGCACUGCCGACCUGCCUGGGUCUCCUGUCAGCAACAACUUCAUGGGCUGCCUCAAAGAGGUGGUCUACAAGAACAACGACAUCCGUCUGGAGCUCUCCCGUCUGGCGCGCAUCGUGGACCCCAAGAUGAAGAUCCAGGGGGACGUGGUGUUUAAGUGUGAGAACGUGGCCACCCUGGACCCUAUCUCCUUCGAGACCCCCGAGGCCUACAUCAGCCUACCCAAGUGGAACACCAAGAGGAUGGGCUCCAUGUCCUUUGACUUCAGGACCUCGGAACCCAACGGACUCAUCCUCUUCACCCACGGCAAGCUCCAGGAGCGCAAGGAGGCCCAACGCAGCCAGAAGAACACCAAGGUGGACUUCUUUGCGGUGGAGCUGCUAGAUGGCAGCCUGUACCUGCUGUUGGACAUGGGCUCAGGGACCAUCAAGGUCAAAGCCACCCAGAACAAGGUCAACGACGGAGCCUGGUACCACGUGGACAUACAGAGGGACGGACGCUCAGGCACCAUCUCAGUCAACAGCCGGCGCACCCCGUUCAUGGCCAGCGGAGAGAGUGAAAUCCUGGACCUGGAGGGGGACAUGUACCUGGGCGGUCUACCCUCGGACCGCGCCAACCUCAUCCUGCCCACAGAGCUGUGGACCGCCAUGCUCAACUACGGCUAUGUGGGCUGCGUGCGUGACCUCUUCAUCGACGGGCGCAGCAAGGACAUCCGGCAGAUCGCUGAGGCCCAGAACGGGGCGGGCAUCAAGCCGUCGUGUAACAAGGCAGUGGGGAAACAGUGUGAGAGCCACCCGUGUAAGAACAGAGGCGUCUGCAAGGAGGGAUGGAACCGGUUUAUCUGUGAUUGUACCGGCACCGGGUACUGGUCGCGUACCUGUGAGAGAGAGGCGUCCAUCUUGAGUUAUGACGGCAGUAUGUACAUGAAGGUGGUGGUGCCCCAGGUGAUGCACACAGAGGCGGAGGAUGUGUCUCUGCGUUUCAUGUCCCAGCGGGCCUACGGCCUGCUCAUGGCCACCACCUCGCGGGACUCGGCCGACACGCUGCGUCUGGAGCUGGAUGGGGGCCGGGUCAAGCUCACGGUCAACCUAGGCAAGGGACCCGAGACCCUGUAUGCUGGGCAAAAACUCAAUGAUAAUGAGUGGCAUACGGUCCGCGUGGUCCGCCGGGGCAAAACCUACAAGCUCACGGUGGACGAUGACAUAGCAGAAGGCCAGAUGGCGGGCGACCACACCCGUCUGGAGUUCCACAACAUCGAGACGGGCAUCAUGACGGAGAGACGCUUCGUCUCAGCCAUACCCUCUAGCUUCAUCGGACACCUGCAGAGUCUCAGGUUCAACGGCAUGCUGUAUAUUGAUCUCUGUAAGAACGGAGACAUCGACAUCUGUGAGCUCAACGCCCGCUUUGGCAUGCGCUCCAUCAUCGCCGACCCUGUGACCUUCAAGUCCAAGAGCAGCUACCUGAGCCUGGCCACCCUGCAGGCCUACACCUCCAUGCACCUGUUCUUCCAGUUCAAGACCACUUCACCUGACGGUUUCAUACUGUUCAACAGUGGAGACGGCAACGACUUCAUCGCUGUGGAGCUGGUUAAAGGGUACAUCCACUACGUGUUUGAUCUUGGCAAUGGGCCCAACGUCAUCAAGGGCAACAGCGACCGGGCUCUCCAUGACAACCAGUGGCACAAUGUGGUCAUCACUCGUGACAAUAGCAACAUCCACACUCUGAAGGUGGACGCCAAGGCAACCAGUCAGGUGGUCAACGGAGCCAAGAACCUCGACCUGAAAGGUGACCUGUUUAUCGCUGGGCUGGGCCCUGGUAUGUACGGUAGCCUGCCCAAGCUGGUGGCAUCCAGGGACGGCUUCCAGGGCUGCCUGGCCUCAGUGGACCUCAACGGCCGCCUCCCUGACCUCCUACAGGACGCGCUUUUCCGCAGCGGGCAGAUAGAGCGUGGAUGCGAAGGUCCUAGCACCACCUGCCAGGAGGACUCAUGUGCCAACAUGGGCAUCUGUAUCCAGCAGUGGGAGAACUACACCUGUGAUUGCUCCAUGACGUCCUUCACCGGCACGCAGUGCAAUGAUCCUGGGACCACCUAUAUCUUCGGGAAAGGAGGAGGCCUCAUCACGUUCAAGUGGCCAGCCAACGAGAGGCCCAGCACACGUUCAGACAGGCUGACCGUAGGGUUCAGUACCUCCCUGAAGGACGGCAUCCUGGUCCGGAUAGACAGCGCUCCGGGUCUGGGAGACUAUCUCAUGCUCCACAUCGAACAAGGGAAGAUUGGUGUGACGUUUAACAUUGGCACAAUGGACAUCAGCGUGAGAGAGAAUAGCACACCUGUGAAUGACGGGAAGUACCAUGUGGUACGUUUCACCAGAAACGGGGGUAACGCCACACUCCAGGUGGACAACUGGUCUAUCAACGAACACUUCCCAGGAGCGACGACCGAUAAUGAACGCCUUGAAAUUGCCACUAAGAAAUUCCCGUUGAAAUACACCCGGCCAGUAGUGGAUUGGCUACAGGAGAAAGGCCGGCAGCUAACCAUAUUCAACACCCAGGCCAUGGUGACCAUCGGUGGCAGUGACCGCAGUCGGCCCUUCCAGGGACAGCUGUCCGGCCUCUACUACAAUGGCCUGAAGGUCCUCAACAUGGCUGCCGAGGGCAACCCAAACAUCAAAAUCAACGGCAGCGUCCGACUGGUUGGUGACACGCCCUCUGUGGCUGGGUCGGCCCGCACCACCGCCCAGCCCCCGGAGAUGUCCACCACCUUUAUCGAGACCACCACCACCAUGUCCACCACCACCACCCGCAAGCACCGCUCCUCUCCCACCAUACAGACGACAGAUGACAUUGUGUCUUCGGCAGAGUGUUCUAGUGAUGACGAGGACCUGGAGGAGUGUGACUCUGGCCGUGCAGGAGGUGAAUUAGUCAUCCCUGUACUCUUAGAGGACCAUUUAGUGCUGCCCCCCUCCACCCCCUCCAUCCCCCUCCCAACCCUCCCAACCCUCCGCCCACCCCUGACCAUAAUUGAGACUACUAAAGAGUCCCUGUCCACGGCCACUGAGGCCGGCGUACCUUGCUUGUCGGACGGAGGCAGCGAUGAUUGUGAUGAUGAUGAUGAUGAUGAUGAUGAUGAUGGCUUGGUGAUAUCUGGGUAUGGCUCAGGGGAAGCUUUCGACUCUAACCUGCCUCCUUCUGAUGAUGAAGAGCUUUACACCACCUUCUCCUUGGUAACAGAUAAGACCUUGUCCACGUCGGCUUUUGAAGGUGGCUACAAAGCUCACCAGCCCAAGUGGGAAACAAAGGACUUUAGACCUGACAAACCGUCCUCAGACCGCGGUAGGACUACCACUACCGCCGCGCUGCCGCUAGCACCCGACCAGAGCCGCUACACCUCCACCGCAACCCUGCACCACGCGUCACCCGCCAAGCUUCCUGCCGGCAAAAUGAAUAACCGCGAGCUAAAACCCCAGCCAGACCUAGUGUUGCUCCCGUUGCCCACGCUGCCCUAUGAGGUAGACAGCACCAAGCAGAGGGCUCCUGUAAUAACCUCCCCCAUGUUCCGUAAUGUACCCACAGCCCUGCCCACCCAGCCCGGCGUCGACCGAGUCCCGGGACCCCCGGAAGUGUCCCGCCAGUCUAGCAGCACCAUCGGGAUGGUCGUCGGGAUAGUGGCGGCCGCCGCCCUGUGCAUCCUCAUCCUCCUGUACGCCAUGUAUAAGUACAGGAACAGGGACGAGGGCUCCUACCAGGUGGACGAGAGACGGAAUUACAUCACCAACUCGGCCACGCAGAGCAACGGAGCCGUCGUCAAGGACAAACAGCAGAGCUCGAAAGGCAUCAAAGGAAAACAGAAAAACAAAGACAAGGAGUAUUACGUUUGAGUGGCGGACGUUGCGAGAUGAAAAGAGAGAGGGAAAUAAAUAUAGAACUGUAUUUAACAGUUACCUUCUAAGGAGCUGCGAAGACAAAAAAAUUGUAAAAUUGGAACUGUUACUUGAUGCUGUGUAGAGUGGUUGAACUAUGACAUGUUUUGUAAUAUAAAGCACACUUACUAUUGUAAGCAUACCGAGAAGGCUAAUAGCAUCUUUAGAGACCUUGCUCUUCUAUCGGGUAGGUGUACAACCACUUCACAGCUACUGUAUCAUUAUCCUAAGUGACUUUUAGAACCUGUACAAAAUGGCGAUGUUCCUUAAUCUUGACCAUUUCCAGCAUGUAAGCAACAUGUAGUGCUUAACAAGAGUGGGUCAGGAUAGAAGGGAUCAUUGUAAAGUCAAUGGAAAAAAUGGACUACUGCCGUAAAAAGAUUUGAGACAUUUCUAUUGUUUGUAUGGUUUCUACAUUAUAAAAGUGUGGUGUCUACGCAAAAUAAAUAACAUCUACUACUGUAUGUAUCAAAUGAAACCAAGAGAGCUCAAAUGGCUAAGGACAGAUCUCUUAGGAUCUCUUCAGAUCUCAUAACUCUGUCAUCUGAUCUCGACAUGAUUACUCUCAUUGUGCCAGUAUGAAAAAUGUAUGCACUCACUAACUGUAAGUCGCUCUGGAUAAGAGCGUCUGCUAAAUGACUAAAAUGUAAAAUGUAAAAUUGUGUGACAGAUGGACGGACAGAGUGACACUGACGUGUGAUCCUGGCGAGAAGUGGUUGCUUGUUCUUAUCUCGGUUAAAAGCAACUGAUUGUAAUGCAUGCCCAUCCUACCAAAACAGUACACUACAGUCCAGUACAGUACAGUACAAUAUAUUGUACAGUACAGUACAAUAUAUCAACGUUGCUUGAAUAGUCCAGUUCUCUCCAAGGCCAAAUGUUAUACUUCGUCAUCGUCAAGACUACACAACUUUUGAUUUUAUUCCCUAAAAACAUCAACAAUGAAAAUAUGAUUUUCCCUGAAGAUAAAAAGCUGUGUUGGUUCGCAGUCGUGCUGGUUGUGUCUUUUGCAGGCCUCUGUGUGUUGGUUAUCCGCCUCUUGUUCUAUUUUCUAUGGAGCUGUCCCAUCGAGGACAGAAUGCAGUACUAUAACACUGUUAAAGAUGUCUAAACAGAAAUAAAUCUAACGUAAAAAGUGUGAAUUCUA